AUGGCAGGAGACGGCGAGGAACACGAGGGCGCGUCGGUCCAGGAACGCCUGAUUCACGCGUGUAGGACAAACGAUGUGGGCAUGUUGGAGCAGAUCGUCGAGGAGAUAGGGGACGAAGAAAAGGUGGCCAAGGUGCUGAACGAAACCAAGACGGUCAUGGGGAACCAUCUUUUGCACGAGGCGGCCUUGAAAGGGAAUUACGACGCGAUCGACUUCCUCUUCUCCCAAGAAGGCCUCGAGUGCGACCCCAUCAACCGCGCCGAGGGCGACACGCCCGUGCACAGCGCGAUCCGGUGGACCAGCCAGCAGACGGACGCCGAGGACCGUCAGCUGGGCGCGGCGCUGGUCGAGAUGAUGCUCAGCGACGGCGCCAGCACCCGCAUCCGCAACAAGCAGCGCAGGACGCCGCUGCAGCUCGUCGAGGUCGUCGACAAGGGCAACGAGGCGCUCAAGGAGAUCAUCAGGAGGCAGGAGUACGAGGAGCUGAACCGUGGGGAUUUUGUCGACGCCGGCAGCGUGGCCGCUCCGGUUCCGCAGCAGCAGCUGGUCAGGGACCAGAGCAGCGAUGACGAUGCCGAGUUUAGCGGCAGUGAUGAUGAAGAGAGGGCAGAGUGGGAGAGGAGGAGGAAGGCCAAGGGAAAGAAGGUUUAG